AUGGCUGGUAAAAACUUUACUUUCGACAACAUUCCUGAUCUUAGUGGUAAAGUCGCCUUAGUAACAGGCGCAAAUGUAGGGAUAGGAUAUAUAACCGCUCGAGAAUUAGCACGCAAAAAAGCACACGUUUUCGUAUGUGCACGUAAUAUUGAAAAAGGUCAGUCUGCCGUGGCAACUAUAAAGGCGGAAACAGGAAAUGAACUGGUCGAGUUUUUGCAGUUGGAUCUAUUAAGUUUGAAAAAUAUUAAAGAGGCCGCCGACAAGUUCAUGGCCAGAGGACUUGGAUUACACAUAUUAAUCAAUAAUGCUGGAAUAAUGGCAACCCCAUUUAAUCUGUCAGCGGACGGUAUUGAAGCCCAAUUCGCCACUAACCACAUAGGUCACUUUCUCCUCUUACCCGCCCUCGAAAAGUCUGCACCUUCACGUAUCGUUGUUGUCAGCAGGUAUAACGUGGAAGAUUUGGCCCAUCGGGUGUUUGCUCCUAGAAAGGGAAUCGAUUUCGAGAAUAUUAACGCAAAAAAUCUUAGUAUUUGGACUCGAUAUGGACAGUCGAAACUGGCAAAUGUAUUAUUCGCAAACGAACUUGAUCGAAGAGUGAAAGACAAGAAGAUUUACGUAAAUUCUCUUCAUCCUGGUGUAGUAAAAUCCAACCUUAUGCAAGGUUUAAAGCUCUCCUGGGGCAGUUGGGUGGCAGCUUACACUGCUAUUCAAAAUCUCUUUUCUCUAAGUACUGAAGAUGGAGCUUUGACACAGCUCUACGUUGCCACAAGUCCCGACAUUGAAAUUAACAAUUUCCGCGGACGACACUUUAUGCCGAUUGCCAAAUUGGGAGCAAUGAGUGCCAAGGCAAUGGACGAGAACUUGGCUAAAGAGUUGUGGGAUUAUUCAGAAAAAAUUAUUAAAGAGAGAGUUGGGAGCGAUUAA